AUCAGCUGAUGCUUCCCCGUUACUUUGCUUCUUUUUUGUGUCAUAUGAAAACUAACAGGCUAACGUGCUACUCAACAGAUUGUGUCACCGGACAACGAUAACACCUGUCCACGGUGUUGACCCUCCCUCUCUCCCCUCCCUCUCCCUCUCCCUCUCCACUCACUAUAGUCCAGUUUCUACAUGUUCGUGUGCAGUCUGUCGGUUAUCUCGGCGGCGACUUUUGCUCUCUUUAUCCCGCUGUGGCUCAUGCUAGCGGGUUAGCCUGUUAGCUUAAUUAGCGGGAGGCUAACUUACAAACGUAACUGGACCGGACGGACAUGUGCAAUGGCAUCGGUUCGGGUGGCUGUCCGGGUCAGGCCCAUGAACAGACGGGAGAAGGACUUGACCGCAAAAUCCAUCAUCAGGAUGGAGGGAACCAAAACCUCCAUCACCAACCUCAAGAUCCCCGACGGCAUCGCAGCCGACUCGACGAGGGACCGAACCAAAACGUUCACGUACGACUUCUCCUACGACUCCGCGGACUGUAAGAGCUCCACGUUCGUCUCCCAGGAAAAGGUUUUCAAAGAUCUGGGCUCGGACGUGCUGCGGGCGGCGUUCGAGGGCUACAACGCCUGCGUCUUCGCCUACGGUCAGACCGGCUCCGGGAAGUCCUACACCAUGAUGGGGAAUCCAGGGGACGCAGGUCUGAUCCCGAGGUUCUGUGAAGGUUUGUUCAGUCGCAUCGCCGCGGCGUCUCGAUGGGAUGAAGCUUCGUUUCGUACGGAAGUCAGCUACCUGGAGAUCUACAACGAGAGGGUGAGAGACCUGCUGAGGAGGAAAUCCAGUCAGACCUACAACCUCAGAGUCAGGGAGCACCCGAAAAACGGACCGUAUGUAGAAGAUCUGUCCAAACACCUGGUGCAGAACUACAGCGACGUGGAGGAGCUGAUGGAGGCCGGAAACAUCAACCGCACCACCGCCAGCACCGACAUGAACGACGUCAGCAGCCGCUCACACGCCAUCUUCACCCUCAACUUCACACAGGCCAAGUUCGAUGCAGAGAUGCCCAGCGAGACGGUCAGUAAGAUCCACCUGGUGGAUCUGGCCGGCAGUGAGCGAGCCGACGCCACCGGAGCGACAGGCGUCCGGCUGAAGGAAGGAGGAAACAUCAACAAGUCGCUGGUCACUCUCGGCAACGUCAUCUCUGCUCUCGCUGACAUGACGCAGGACGGCGUGAACACCAACCUGAAGAGGAGGGCGGUGUUUGUUCCCUACAGAGACUCGGUGCUCACGUGGCUGCUGAAAGACAGUCUGGGCGGCAACUCCAAGACCAUCAUGAUUGCCACCGUUUCCCCCGCCGACGUGAACUACGGCGAGACGCUCAGCACUCUGCGGUACGCCAACCGAGCCAAGAACAUCAUCAACAAGCCCACCAUCAACGAGGACUGCAACGUCAGGCUGAUCAGAGAACUGCGAGCCGAAAUCGCCCGACUGAAGGCUCUGCUGAUUCAGGGCAACCAGAUUGCUCUCCUGGACUCGCCCACUGCUCUGAGUAUGGAGGAGAAACUGCACCAGAACGAAGCCAGAGUCCUGGAGCUCACCAAAGAGUGGACCAACAAAUGGAACGAGACACAGAACAUUCUCAAGGAGGAGACUCUCGCUCUGAGGAAAGAGGGGAUCGGUGUUGUGUUGGACUCCGAGCUGCCUCACCUCAUCGGCAUCGACGACGACCUCCUCAGCACCGGCAUCAUCCUGUACCAUCUAAAGGAGGGACGGACGUACCUGGGCCGAGAGGACGCGUCCAGAGAGCAGGACAUCAUCCUGCACGGUCUGGACCUGGAGAGUGAACACUGUAUGUUUCAGAACCAGAACGGUAAAGUGACUCUGGUGCCGCUCGGCGGAGCUCAGUGUUCAGUUAACGGAGUUCAGGUGACGGAGUCGUCGCAGCUCAACCAAGGCGCUGUUAUUCUGCUCGGCAGAACAAACAUGUUUCGGUUCAACCAUCCGAAGGAGGCGGCCAAGCUGAGGGAGAAACGAAAGAGUGGCCUGCUCUCUACAUUCAGCCUCUCUAUGACGGAUCUGUCCAGGUCCUGUGAAAGCCUGUCCACCGUGAUGCUCUACAACCCCGGUCUCUUCACUGAGAAGGGCCCCGUCUUCCUCAGGCUGGAGUUUGAGAGACAACAGCGAGAAGAGCUGGAAAAACUGGAGCUGAAAAGGAGGCUGAUCAAAGAGAUGGAGGUAAAGCACCAGAGUGAGAAGGCAGACCUGGAGCUCCUCCAGCAGGAGGUGGAGAGUCAGCGUAAGGAGUCUGAGGAGGUGCAGCAGCGGAUCCUCCAUCAGGAGGAGAGCCUCCGCCGCCGCAGCCAGGACAUCGAGAGCCGCCUGCGAGACUUCCUGGCCGAGAAGGAGCGCUUUGAGGAGGAGAGACGCUCUGAGAUCCAGGGGGAGGACCCCCAGCGGGGCAAACAGCAGCCGGAGGGGGAAGCAGAGGAGCAGCUGGACGAGGAGCAGCCGGACGAGGUACAGCGGCGGCAGCUGGAGGCUGCCGAGCAGACCGAGAUCUACCGCGAGCUGGAGAGACUGAAGAGGGAGCGCGAGGAGCAGAAGGUUCGCUUGGAGACCGAGCGGCGGCGGCUGGAGGAGCAGGAGCGCGAGCAGCUGAGCCUGGUGGGGCGGCUGGAGGAGCAGCUGAGAGAGAAACACGAGGCAGCCACCACCCUGCUGACCCGGGAGGAUGCCGGCCGCCUGGAGGAGGAACGCAGAGCCCUGGCUGAGAUCAGAGAGGCACUCCUCCGCGCCAAAGAGACUGCUGAGCGGCCAGAUGUGGAGGAUGCCAGCGAGGAGGCGAGAUCUGCCCAGGCACAAUACACGGACUUCAAGGAGGCGCAGGUAAAGGAACUGGGCCGGCUGGAGGAGGGGCUCCGGCAGCAGAGGGAUCGCCUGGAGAAUGAGGUCGCCGCCGAGCGCAAUACACUGCUGCACCUGACCCAUGGCCUCAAAGAGCGACAUCAGCAGCUGAAGGAGACACAGGAGAAAGGGGCGCAGGACGCCACGGGUGUCUGCCAGGAGGAGCAGCUGGUCAAACAGGCGGAGCAAAGACUGCAGUUUAAGGAGCGCCAACUGGCCAGCGUGGCCGACAGCCUUCUCCCCGCGCUGGCCGAGGAGAAGCAGAGAGCCGCGGAGAUGCAGGAGCGCAGCAGCGGCGGCAGCAACGGGAACUGCGACAGCCCACCGGGGCUCGACAACACGCUGUUCCAGGUGGAGAAGGAGCUGGAGGACAAAGAGGAGAAACUGAACCUCCACCGGCACGGCGCCCAGCAGCUCCAGCAGCUCCAGGAGACCUACGAGUUCACGGCCAACGUGGCGCGGCAGGAGGAGAAGGUGAGGGGGAAGGAGAAGGAGAUCCUGGAGUCCAAGGAGAAGCAGCAGAGGGAGGCGAUGGAGCAGGCGGUGGCCCGGCUGGAGAGGAGGCACUCGGCCCUGAGGCGCAGCGUCUCCCUGGAGCCCGACACCGAGGAGCAGCGACACAAGAGCUUGGCCAUCACGAACCUGGACCAGCAGAGAGUUGAGCGAGAGAUCCAGAAGCUGAGACGGAGGAUCAGCGAGGGGGAAGAGAACAACAGGACUCACUCCGUCAGUAACGAUGAGAAGACGAGUCACAGCAGCUCGCCGGUCAGCCACAUGCAGAGUCUGAACCCUCUGCUGCCGCUGUCAGACGACAGGAUAAAUGCGUACAUUGAAGAGGAAGUCCAAAGAAGGUUACGCAAGAUGAAUCAUCUGAAUGGCAGCAGCAGCAACUUGGAUCUUUCUCUGUCCUGCGAGUCGCUCAGGGAGGAGGAAGAAGCUUUUGACUGUAGCUCUGUUAGAUUAACAGACGAGGAAGAGGAAAAGCUUCAAAACAUGAAUCCCAGGAGGCUUAAAUAUGAGCACCUGGUCUGCCGUCCUCUCGGGACGAGCUGCGACGGCCUUCGGGAGCCCGUCAAAAUCAGCAUUCCUCGCUACGUUCUCCGCGGGCAGGGGAAGGACGAGCACUUUGAGUUCGAGGUGAAGAUCACUGUGAUGGAUGAGAUGUGGGCCGUGUUCAGACGCUACAGUCGCUUCCGGGAAAUGCACAGGAGCCUCAAGUUAAAAUACCCAGAGCUGGCAGCUCUCGAGUUCCCUCCCAAGAAACUGUUUGGAAACCGAGACGAGCGGAUGGUCGCUGAACGCCGGAACCACUUGGAGCGUUAUCUGAGGAACUUGUUCCGGGUGAUGCUGUCGUCCUCCAGCUCUCCUCUCAGAGCCGACGCAGACGGCGGUUUCCAUCUCACCAAACACACCAUCUGUGAGUUCUCGCCGUUCUUCAAGAAGGGCGUCUUCGAGUACAGCAGCCACGGCACCGGCUGACCCGACCGCGAAAAUGAACUCCAAAAACGAAAAGGGAAAACAAAAACAAACAAAAAGAAGCAGCUCGGUGCCUUUUCUCCGGGGCCUCAGCUCGGGAGAAUCGGUCAAAAAAAGGUAAAAGUUGCAGGUCAGUGUCCUCGCCACGACGAAGACGUGUCGGGUGCUCGUCAGCUGUUCGUUCAUGUAGAAACUUUAUCACAAAGGUUAAAGUAGGAUAUUCAGCACUCUGUUUUAAAGAGUUUCAUUUCUACGUUAUAGCAAUAAACGGCUAUAUUAAAUAUAUUGACAUGCAGCUCUAAUAUUUAUGGCGACUCCCUCAUGUAGUGACCUCACUAAAAGUAGAACAAAGACAUUAACACUGCCGUUGUUUGAGGGUUCAGUUCCCUGUGAAGCCGCUGAAACAAUUAGGUCGUCCUGUAAACGGUUCGUCAGCAAAAAAGUUAUUUAUCAAAGAAAAAUGCCAAAACUUUCACUUGAUUCAGCGUCUUAAAUGUGAAGAUUUGCUGUUUUUCUUUGCUGUUUAAUGUCAUUAUAUGUAGAUUAUCUUUGGACUGUUUAAAAAAAAAAGCAAUGCAUUUGAAGAUGUUAGCUUUGGCUCUGGGAGGUUAUUUUGGGCAUUUUUCUCUCAUUUAUGGCAUUUUACAGAUAAACAUUCAAUUUAUCGAAAGAAAAAAGGAAUCUAUUAUGGCAAUGAUGAUUAAUUGUAGUUCAAUAACACCAUGGACCCUGACUUUUCAUUUCCUGUCAGUGAGCAGAGCGAGGCAUUAACUCGGGUUUGAGUCUUAGAAUGACUGAACGCUACAGAGCACUUUGUGUGAAGAUCCGGUUACAUUCGGCUUUUGUUCACUGACACAAAGGAUGUGAAGUCCCGGUUCUGAUGCGGGUAUAAAUAAACAUUGAACACAAUCAGUCUCUGCAAACUACACCACAGUCUUUGUGUUUGUGUGCGGCUGGAGAUCGCAGCGAAACUCAUGCGUGAAUGUGUCCGACUUAACGGGAGAGUGAAUAAUACGGAGACGGAAUGUCACGAAGCUUAAGUCCAAAAAAAUCAAAUGAAUCUUGUUUGUAGUUAAAGAAGAGCAGACAAAAAAACAACUUUAACUGUGUGGAAGUGAAGCUAAAACACUCACAUGACCGUGUUAAAGGGCGGGCUCACAAUGCUUCAGAGUCAGGUGAACGCAUGAACAUUAUAACAGCUUUUUCUUGCUGUGAUCCUCAAUCAUCCUGUUCAUACUGGACAGUAAGAGAUAAUGUGUUUCACUGCUAGUGAUGGACGACUAAAUCCAGUCGUCAUUCUGCACAAAAAUGGACAAAUUAAAGGAGCAGUGUGUAUCGUUUAGGGGGGAUCUAUUGGCAGAAAUGGAGUAUAAUGUUAAUUAAGUUUUCUAUCACCUGAAAAUAAGAAUCGUCGUCUUUUGGUGACUUGAGAAUGAGCCGUUUUAUUAUCUACACACGGAGUCGGCUGCCAUGUUCCUACAGACGUCAAACACUGAAUCUAGAUGAUAUUUACGCUUUAGCGUCGGCCCCCCCCGUAGUUCACCUACACCCUGGAGAAGUUUCAGUUGGUUACAUUCUGCAUCCUCACCACUAGAUGCUGCCAAAUCCUACACACUGGCCCUUUAAGUAUCUUUAGUACCACGUUUGAAGCCCCUCUUCUUCUUUAACAUUUGUCCACAGCAGCUACACAGGGAAACGUGGAGUGGUGCGACUUUAACUUUGAAAGAUACUCUUUUGUUUUGUCUUGUUUUGUUUUCCUCCACAGCUCACAUUUAGAAGGAAUCUCUUAAUGUCCAGUAUGAACAGGAAGAAUAACAUCCGGUCCUCUAAGUUAUCAUCAGUGCCCUACGUUGACUUUAAGCUGCUGGAUAAUAUCGACACAAAUGACUCCGAACAGACCGUGUCCAGAAAAAUAACAGUAGUUAUAGUUCCACUGCAUUUUAUUGACAUGUUUAUAAUAACGUAUCCACCUUUUAUCUACUGUACAAAUGGAGGAGCAGCUGUAAGAAAGUGCAAUCCACUAGGUUGUGUUUAAAGAAAUGUUGUAAAGUACAGCGUCAUAACGAUCUGUAUAUUUGAAGUUCAUGUUUAUUAUUCUGAUUGUGCUUUGAUAGAAGAACAAUAUUUGGAAGCUCUGUUACUACGAUGUUUUAAUGUAAAACUACACCGUACUUAUCAGUCAAAUGUGAGAACCGUUUUGGUCGCUGAUAGAAACUGUAAGACAAAGACUCACUCAGAAGUUUAAUGAACCGUUGAACAAGUAACACUGACCGAUGGCAAAAGUUCAAACGUGCCCUCUGGAGGCUUCACACCGUAGACUCUCUACUGCCAUUUGUCUUAUUUUAGGUGUCACCUGAAAGGACAUUUGGGGAUUUCGGAGGGUGCGUUUAUGAAGCUACAGCGUUUGAAAAUACAGGAAAAUAUUGUUCCGUUAGCCCUCGUCUGUGCGCUAAUCAUUUUAUUUGACUCAUCGUUAUCGCACGAAUACUCACUUUUGAACAACAGCGUGGUCAUUAACAUUACAUUAGGUGGAUGUUUGAAGAAAGAAUAUUAAAAGACAUGAAUGGCGGAGUUGUUGGACGGUCCCGAGGAGCCACAGUCCUGUGAAAUAAAAGGUUCGAGCCUCAGAAGGCGACGGUGUAGUUUUACUCACUGACAUUUUUCUUUCUGUAUCGGCACAAAUUCAAACGCAUCUUUGACCGAUCAAAUACAAAUACGUGUUUUUCCACUUAGUACAAGUACGCAGAUUCAAAUAAUUCACUCGGAGGGAAUAUUUCCUCCCACUGGCAGCUCAGAGCUGAUUUAGUUUUUAUAUUCCCCAAAAACGUAUCGAGCGAUUCGAUCCCGAAGUCUUCCUGAGCCUCACUGUUGUUAGCAGCUUCAUGAAGAGACGACCACUCACUGCUUUGUUCUUGUUCCAUAAGCCAUACGUUGUGUGUGUGUAUAAAGUGUAAAUGUUGAUGUGCAUAAGUUUUCUAUACAAUAUGCUUGUAUGUAAUGUAAACUAUUGACAUUGAAUGUCAGUAAAGGGAAUGUACCACAA